GCGAGCUUCGUUCGGAACAGAUGCGAUAUGGAACGGAAUUAUAAAUACAGUGCGGAAUAUUUCGAGAGAGCUUUGCGGAUAGCUCAUCGUUGUGAAAAGCUGCUCGUGGAGAAUUUCCACAUCGAGGCAGUGAACCAAAGUGGUGAAAACUUUUGCAGCGUCAUCUACCGGAUUGCAUUGCAGUUUCGCCGUUUCCCAGAAGGCGCUGUAGAAUCGGGAAAAUAUAUACUUAAGGAUGUACUACCAGCAGUGGCGGAACUAGGCACAGACGAAGGGGUCAUGUUCAAGCAGAUUCUUCCAGCAAUUUCAAUAAUUCUAAAAAAAUCCAAAGCAAACCUAGGCGAACACAAAAUAAGUGCAGAUUGCCUGCUAACCGAGAGGUCCGCGGGAAAGGAGAUAUAUAUCCUGGAAGAUCUGGGCGCACUCGGUUACACCUGCCUUGAUCGAUAUGAGGGUCUGAACUUGGAAGAUGCCAAGAUUUGUCUGCGGAAAAUGGCUCAAUUUCACGGCGCUUCUAUGAUAUUGUAUCAGAAUCAACCUGAACUGCUGGCAAAGUUAUCGCCAUCGAAUUAUGCCCAGGGAAUAUCAGAUCCAUUUGCCAAGGGUAUCCUCCUAGAUGGCACGGAAUUUGCGGCUAAUUUAUUUGCCGGAGAAUUACCGGAAAUAUCAAGGAAAAUGAAGGCUCAAAUACCGGAGGCCUAUUCCCAAAGAUUGCAAAAUGUUGUUGACCCAAAGAAAUCCAAAUUUAAUGCUAUCGUUCAUGGCGAUCUUUGGGUGAACAAUAUUAUGUUUGAUAGGGCUAACAAUAGGGCAAUUCUAGUGGACUUUCAAGAUUGUUUCUGGGGAAGUCCCGCCAUUGAUCUGCAGUUCUUUUUUUACACCAGUCUUCAGCUGGAAAUUCUUCUAACUCGCCAAGAUGAACUUUUAAAACACUAUUUUCAUUGUCUCCAUGAGACCUUAACUUUUUGUUUCUUUAUGGAACCCGUGCCUACUUUUGAUCAAUUAAAGGAUGAGAUGCAUCGUUGCUUAUUUUAUGGAUACUAUGCUGUUACCUGUGAGCUACCCAUAUGUUGUGUUUCCGCAGAGGCAAGUGCUGGUUUUAAUCUACACACCCUUGGCGAUCCAGCAGCAAUGAGAAGCAAACGUCUUCAGCUUUUCUCUAAUAAUCGAGUUAGAAGAACGGUUAAGGCCAGUUUGCUUAAGUUUGAUCAGCAGGGUAUACUGGAAAUACAUUAAAUAAAGAGUUUUGUAUUGAA